CGCAGUUAAAAAACCCUAAACCCUUCAUUUUUGCUCUUUGCUCUCCUGGUUUUGGCUUUUCGGUCGUGCUCAAUUCGUCUGCUCUCCAGUUUCACUCUAUCAGUGCCGUGCCGGUGAGAAGAAAUGUUCGCUCUUUCCAAGGUUUUACGGAGAAGCCAAAGUCUCCGACUAGGAGCUUACAAUGCUGUGUACUCUAAUCUAGAUAUACCAUCGGGAGAAAGGACCGGUGCUAUUGUUACAAAUGCUUUGAUACAUGAUAAAUCUGAAGGUUUUCCUAGAUUUUACGAGCUCUCUUGGUCUUCCUGUACCGGAAGACGUUCACUUUCCUCAGAUGCUCGUGCUAAAACUGCCGGAGAGGAAGAUGAAGAAGAGCUCGAAAACGGAAAUUCCGACCUUGCAACUCCUGACCAGACUAGUGGUGAUAGUGAAGAUGAGGGGGACACUGAAGGAGCAGAACUGGAACUACUCGUCCCUGGUUCUGAGGCUGGUAAAUUAGUGGUAGGCAGCAGAUCAUCGGAGCUGUUUAAGGCCAUUGUUUCUGUCUCAGGUGUGGCUGUAGCGAGUGCACUUGAUAAAUGGAUUGAAGAAGGAAAGGAGAUCAACCGCACAGAGUUAGCAAACGCGAUGUUAGAACUCCGUAAACGUCGCAUGUAUGGGAGAGCAUUGCAGAUGACAGAAUGGUUGGACGAACAUAAGCAGUUUGAAUUGGAGGAGAGAGAUUAUGCUUCUCGGCUUGAUCUGAUAUCCAAGGUACGAGGCCUGUACAAGGGAGAAGUUUAUAUUGAAAGAAUCCCGGAAUCUUUUAGAGGGGAAUUGGUCUACCGUACCCUCCUGUCAAAUUAUGCAGCGACAAGCAAUGUGAGGAAAACAGAAGAAGUUUUCAACAAAAUGAGGGACUUGGGAUUCCCUCUGUCAACAUUUGCUUGUGAUCAGAUGCUUAUUCUUUACAGGAGGGUCAACAAGAAGAAAAUAGCGGAUGUGCUAUUGCUGAUGGAGAAGGAAAAUCUGAAACCGAGUCUUAACACAUACAAAAUCCUGAUUGAUAUCAAAGGAUUAAUGAAUGACAUAACUGGGAUGGAACAAAUUUUGGAGACAAUGAAAAGUGAAGGUGUCGAGCUUGACCUUCGUGCACAAUCUAUCAUUGCAAGAAACUAUGCAUCAGCUGGGCUAAAAGAGAAGGCUGAGAAAGUGCUGAAAGAGAUGGAAGGUGAAAGCUUGGAGGAAAAUCGGCAUGUGUGCAAGGAUUUGCUUUCCAUCUAUGGCUUUCUCCAAAGGGCGGAUGAGGUGACUAGAAUUUGGAAGAUCUGUGAAGAAAAACCUCGUUACAACGAGUCCCUUGCUGCAAUCUUGGCUUUUGGAAAGAUUGAUAAAGUCAAAGAAGCGGAGGCGAUUUUUGAGAAGAUAUUGAAGAUGGGUCAUAGAGUUUCUUCUAAUGUUUACUCCGUUCUCUUGAAAGUUUAUAUUGAUCACAAGAUGGUCUCAGAGGGUAAGGAUCUUGUUAAGCAGAUGUCAGACAGUGGGUGCAGUAUUGGGGCCUUAACGUGGGAUGCAGUGAUCAAGCUCUAUGUGGAAGUCGGGGAAGUUGAAAAGGCUGAGUCUGCGCUUAGCAAGGCAACACAGUCGAAACAGAUAAAACCGUUGAUGAGCUCCUUCAUGCAUGUGAUGGACGAGUAUGUGAAAAGGGGUGAUGUCCACAACACAGAGAAAAUCUUCGAGAGGAUGAAGCAAGCCGGUUAUCAAUCUCGCUUCAGGGCAUACCAAGCCCUUAUCCAAGCUUAUGUCAAUGCCAAAGCUCCAGCUUACGGAAUGAAUGAUAGAAUGAAAGCUGAUAACAUCUUCCCCAACAAAGGAUUAGCUGCUCAGCUCGCUAAAGCCGAUCCCUUCAAGAAGACUCCUCUCUCUGAUCUCUUAGAUUGAGUUGUGUUGCAGCUACAACACCAUCCGCCUUCUGAAUCUUUGGUUUGAUUGAUCAACCUCUUAUCCAUGUUGGUAGAAACUUCAGUAGCUUAAUUUAAAUAAAAACCUCCUGAGUCUAGAAUUCCUGAUAUAUAAAUAGUAGUAAAAUGAUGUUUACGAUCAUCAUUACUCGUUUGGAAUGUAAUAUUUGGAAAGCAAAAAAAAACAAAUGGAACAAAAAAAAAAUUCUAGAUGCA